AUGGGUUUCACAGACGUUGACAAGCUUGCUAUCAACACUAUUCGUGUUCUUGCUGCCGAUGCUACAUUCAAAUCUAACUCCGGUCACCCCGGAGCCCCUAUGGGAAUGGCACCAGUUGCCCACGUUCUUUUCAACAAGAUCAUGAACUUCAACCCAAAAAACUCAAGCUGGGUUAACCGUGAUAGAUUCGUUCUUUCUAACGGACAUGCAUGCAUGCUCCAAUAUGCCCUUCUCCACCUUUACGGUUACAAGUUGUCCAUGGAUGACAUCAAAUCUUUCAGAUCGAUAGAUAGUCACACUCCUGGUCACCCAGAAUCCGCCGAUACCGAUGGUGUUGAGGUCACCACUGGUCCUCUCGGUCAAGGGAUUGCCAACGCUGUUGGUCUUGCCAUCGCACAACACCACGCAGCUGGUGAGUUCAACAAGCCCGGAUUCGAGCUUAUCAACAACUACACAUACUGCUUCCUCGGUGAUGGAUGUUUGAUGGAGGGUAUUGCUAGUGAAGCCGCUUCAAUGGCCGGUCACUUGCAAUUGGGCAACCUUAUUGCUAUCUACGAUGACAACCACAUUUCCAUUGAUGGUGACACCAAUGUUGCCUUCACUGAAGAUGUCGUAAAGAGAUUUGAGUCAUAUGGAUGGCACGUCGAGACUGUCACCGACGGUGACAACGAUUUGGAAGCCAUGGAGGCUGCUAUCAAGAAGUGCCAAGCCGUUAAGGACAAGCCUUCCAUGAUCAAGCUCAGAACUAUCAUUGGUUUCGGUUCCAAGCAACAAGGCACCCACGGUGUCCACGGAUCCCCUCUUAAGGCUGAUGAUAUUAAGCAACUCAAGGAGAAAUUCGGUUUCGACCCUGAACAAUCUUUCGUUGUUCCACAAGAGGUUUACGAUAUCUGCAACGAGCGUGCAUCCCACGGUGCCGCCUUGGAGAAAGAAUGGAACCAAUUGCUCGAGAAGUACACUGAAAAGUACUCCUCAGAGGCUGCCGAUCUCAAGCGCCGCUUGACUGGAGAGCUCCCAGAAGGAUGGGAGAAGAACCUCCCAACAUAUUCCCCAUCAGAUGAUGCAGUUGCUUCAAGAAAGUUGUCCGAGAUCGUCCUCCAAAAGAUUCACGAAGCUAUCCCAGAACUUGUCGGUGGUUCAGCCGAUUUGACUGGCUCCAACUUGACCAGAUGGAAGGAAGCCGUUGAUUUCCAACCACCUGCUACCGGUCUUGGUGACUGGUCCGGACGUUAUAUCAGAUAUGGUGUACGUGAGCACGCUAUGGGUGCUGUCAUGAACGGUUUGGCUGCAUACGGAACUGUCAUCCCAUACGGGGGAACUUUCCUUAACUUCGUUUCAUACGCUGCUGGUGCAAUCCGUCUCUCUGCUUUGUCCCAACAACGUGUUAUCUGGGUUGCUACCCACGACUCCAUUGGUCUUGGUGAGGAUGGACCAACCCAUCAACCUAUCGAGACUCUGGCUCAUUUCCGUGCUCUGCCUAACUGCAUGGUUUGGCGCCCAGCUGAUGGAAACGAGACCAGCGCAGCUUAUUACGUUGCCUUGACCUCCAAGACCACUCCUUCCAUCAUCGCCCUUUCCCGCCAAAACCUUCCUCAACUCGAGAACUCCACCAUUGGUAACGCUAUCAAGGGUGGUUACGUUGUGCACAACGCUGAGAAGGCCGAUAUCACCCUCGUUUCUACCGGUUCCGAGGUCGGUAUCUGUGUUGAUGCCGUCAAGUACCUCAAGGAGAAGCACAACCUCACCGCACGUGUCGUCUCCAUCCCUUGUUUCGAGGUCUUCGAUGCUCAACCCCAAGAAUACAGACUCAGUGUCUUGCCAGACGGUAUCCCAUCUUUGUCCGUUGAAGUUAUGUCAACCAUGGGCUGGGAACGUUAUACUCACGAGCAAUUCGGUCUCAACAGAUUUGGUGCCUCCGGUGCUUACAAGGAUGUUUACAAGAAGUUCGAGUUCACCCCAGAAGGUAUCUCCAAGCGCGCCAUUGCCACUGUUGAUUUCUGGAAGGACGUUCCAAACAUCCGCUCUCCUCUCAACAGAGCUUUCAAGCAACUUAUCUAA